AUGUCGUUUGACCGUCUCCCCUCUCUCGAGGCCCAGCCUACGACAUCUCGGUCAACGGGGUACUCCGACUCCCCAGAGUUUGACCGCCUCACGACCCAGCUUUCCUCGAAGUUGUUUAAACUUACGAGUAAUAUCUCGACGUUGAACCGCGAGCUGAGUUUGGUUGGUACGAAAAGAGAUAGCGAGAACCUUAGGGAGAGAGUUAAGAAGCUUCUCGAUGAGACAAGGGAGGGCUUUAAAGCGGUUGGGGAGGGGGUGAAGAGAGUACAGAACUGGGAGGACUGUUCUCCAUCACAACGAUAUACCCAAGAAAAGCUUUCCCGUGGGAUGACAUCUGCCCUUACAGACUUCCAGGGAAUUCAAAGGCUGUCUGCUGAGAAGACCAGACAAUACGUGACUGCAGCACGACAGGCACAGGGCCAUAUCAAUGAUGAUGGAAUGCCCAUAGAUGAUCUAUCCUAUUCUCCAAAGUCAGGGCCGGGCCAGCAGCAGGUUCAGGUGCCACUUGUUCAGCAGCAAAUGGCGCUCGCCGAACAGAGCGAGGUUGACUUCCAAGAGGGGUUGAUUCAGGAGCGAGAGCAAGAAAUUCGAGGCAUCGAGCAGGGUAUCACAGAACUGAAUGAGAUCUUCAGGGAUCUGGGAACUAUGGUCACAGAACAAGGGGUCAUGAUUGACAACAUUGAGCAGAACGUCAGUAAUGCGGCGACUAGCACAAAGGCGGCGUGA